CGCCUCUAUCCCCCCAGACUUGGCCUAGCCUUUGUGAUUCGCUCUCCGAUUGGCUGGCUGGGUUGUCAGUCCCUUCAACGGGGCCGGCGGAGCAGCCACGGCCGCGGCCGCCCCGCGCCACCAUGAGCCCCGCCCCGCCCCGCGCCUAGUCCCGCCCCGGGGUCGCUGCCCGUCGCCGCGCGAUGAAGGUGGCCGUGGACUUCGAGGAGUGUCUGAAGGACUCGCCGCGCUUCAGGGCUGCUUUGGAGGAAGUGGAAGGAGAUGUGGCAGAAUUAGAACUGAAACUUGAAAAGCUAGUAAAGCUUUGCAUUGCGAUGAUUGAUACUGGUAAAGCUUUUUGUGCUGCCAACAAGCACUUCAUGAAUGGAAUUCGAGACCUUGCACAGUAUUCCAAUAAGGACGUAAUAGUUGAGACCAGCUUGACAAAGUUUUCUGACAGCCUACAGGAAAUGAUCAAUUAUCACACAACCCUAUUUGACCAAACCCAAAGAUCAAUUAAAACACAGCUUCAGAUGUUCGUUAAAGACGAUAUUAGAAAAUUUAAAGAUGCAAAGAAGCAGUUUGAAAAAGUCAGUGAAGAAAAAGAAAAUGCACUCGCAAAAAAUGCUCAAGUUCAAAGAAAUAAACAACACGAAGUAGAGGAGGCCACGAACAUUCUCACUGCAACACGAAAAUGCUUUCGGCACAUAGCUCUGGAUUAUGUUCUUCAGAUUAAUGUUCUUCAAUCUAAGAGGAGAUCAGAGAUCUUAAAAUCGAUUUUAUACUUUAUGUAUGCUCAUCUGACCUUCUUUCAUCAAGGCUAUGAUCUAUUUAGCGAGCUUAAGCCAUACAUGAAUGAUCUUGGAGCACAGCUGGAUCAGUUGGGUGUAGAUGCUGCAAAGGAGAAGAGAGAUAUGGAGCAAAAGCACUCCACUAUUCAACAAAAGGAUUUCUCCAGUGAUGAUACUAAGCUAGAAUACAAUGUAGAUGCAGCCAAUGGCAUUGUUAUGGAAGGGUAUCUCUUUAAGCGAGCCAGCAAUGCCUUCAAGACUUGGAACAGACGCUGGUUUUCAAUACAGAAUAAUCAGCUUGUUUACCAGAAAAAAUUUAAGGAUAAUCCCACAGUAGUCGUUGAAGACUUGCGGCUUUGCACAGUUAAGCAUUGCGAGGACAUAGAAAGACGUUUCUGCUUCGAGGUGGUCUCUCCAACAAAAAACUGCAUGCUCCAAGCUGAUUCUGAAAAGCUGCGGCAGGCAUGGAUUAAGGCUGUUCAGACCAGUAUUGCUACGGCAUACAGAGAGAAGGGGGAUGAAUCCGAGAAACUAGAGAAGAAAUCAUCCCCUUCUACAGGAAGCCUAGAAUCUGGCAGUGAGUCAAAAGAGAAGUUGUUAAAAGGAGAAAGUGCUCUACAGCGGGUUCAAUGUAUUGGUGGUAACAUCACCUGUUGUGAUUGUGGCCUAGCAGAUCCUCGUUGGGCCAGUAUCAACCUAGGAAUCACAUUGUGUAUUGAGUGUUCUGGGAUACACAGGAGUCUAGGAGUCCACUUUUCAAAAGUUAGAUCCUUAACUCUGGAUACAUGGGAACCUGAACUUCUAAAGCUGAUGUGUGAAUUGGGGAAUGAUGUCAUCAAUAGAAUAUAUGAAGCAAAAGUUGAAAGAAUGGGAGUUAAGAAGCCACAACCUGGAAGCCAAAGGCAGGAGAAAGAGGAUUAUAUCAGAGCAAAAUACGUGGAAAAAAAAUUUGUGGAGAGACAGCCUGCAACAGUGUCUCCCCCUGAGCAUGGAACAAAAGUUCUGCCUCAAAGUCGGGAGGAAAAGAGGCACAACAUCCCUGAAAAAUCCCCUUCGGCAGGUGAACAAGUCACAGCUUCUUCAACAGUAAGAAGCAGUGACAGUGGGACCGAGCACAGUGCCGAUGACCGUAGAGAACACCUCGCUUCCACCAUCUCCACAAACAGUUUGUAUGAGUCAGAAGGAGAAAAGCGAGAUUCUUGUUCGUUUCAUGAUUCAAAACAGCUUCAUCCAGGACUGCAGCUUUAUCGAGCUGCCUAUGAGAAGAACCUUCCUGAUAUGGCAGAGGCAUUGGCCCAUGGAGCUGAUGUAAACUGGGUCAAUACAGAAGAAAACAAAGCAACACCACUGAUUCAGGCAGUCUUAGGGGGCUCAUUGGUUACUUGUGAGUUCUUGCUGCAGAAUGGUGCCAAUGUCAACCAUAGGGAUGUGAAAGGAAGAGGACCACUACACCAUGGCACAGUCUUGGGGCACACUGGGCAAGUGUGUUUAUUCCUAAAACGAGGAGCAAAUCAGCAUGCCACCGAUGAAGAAGGGAAAGACCCUUUGAGUAUAGCUGUACAAGCUGCAAAUGCAGAUAUUGUAACUCUGUUACGUUUGGCAAGAAUGAAUGAAGAAAUGCGGGAAUCAGAAGGACUUUAUGGACAGCCAGGAGAUGAAAUUUACCAGGACAUUUUUCGUGAUUUUUCCCAAAUGGCAUCCAAUAAUCCAGAGAAGCUAAACCGUUUUCAGCAAUCAGAUUCACAGAAGUCUUGAGUGUCUAAGAAGGAAAAGAACUAAACCUGUUCUUUUCUAAUGCUUCUAGAGCAGCAGUCUUUAUUUUUUUUAAACUGCUUUCAUUGUAUGUUUUUUGUUAUAUAUUUGGUAGUCUGGAUUGAGUGAGCACUCUAGUGUAGACUUAGGCUGGGUGGGAGGUAUAAUUUGCUGCAUGUGAUUCAGGGUGAAUACUGCAGCAGCUGGAGAUGGAGCUGUUUUAGCAAGGGAUACUGCCUCUGAUUGGAGAGAGUUUUUUGUUUUGCCAUGUGGAGGCAGGAUUAGGUUGAAUCACACUCAAGGCUGGCGGAAGCUGGGACCGUUGCAGAACUGAUCUGUAAGUGUUGUGGGAUGACCAGAUCAUCAUUGCUCAUGAGCAGUCGCUAGCAGCACAAUUUCCCCACGUCUCCCAUUCUGUCUAGCUAUAACCCUACAGCUCCUAUCUCUUAGGGCCAGGACCAGUUUGCCUUUUCCCUCUCCAGUCUGUUUGGAUGGGAAAGCUGGUGACCACCUGCCUGAAUUCCCCUUCUGUACAUCUGCCCCUGACACACACGAUCCUCCAUCCCCCUCUGCCCCAGUGUGCUACUAACACAGGAAAUGAUGAUGAUGUUGCAGGCUCUUCCACAGCUGACUCCUUCUAACCAAUGCAGUCCAUGACUGCUGUCCUGUCACUGUAUGUACGUAUUCUGGAGGACCAAAUGUCAGAAAAGCAGCAACUUUCCUUUUUUACAUUGACUUGUUGUGAACAAAGUUGCUUAUUUGAUUGAUUCUCUGUGGAACUUUCCCUUAGGAGAAAAUUUGAUCCCCUAAUGCCAUCAAGUUUUGUUUUUAAUGCAUUAAACUGACUGACAUCAAAAUGCAUCUCAAAAGCUGGAAUUAGGGAGUAGAAAAUAAAUAGUGAGCUAAGCAGAACAUUAACAUAGGACAGUCAUACAAAUGAAAGGUUGCGUCUCCUGCCAAGCUGUUAUCAGGAUUGUUCCCAAUAAAGAAAUAUUAAAACACAAGUUAUGCAGCUGUCCUACACUCGGGGCAAUCAAUCUUUUUUGCCAGAUCUUGCCAUAAUAUAGUCUGUGUACUUGCUCUCUAAAAUAGGGCAUGUAGUAAAAAAUCUGGAAGUCUUACUGUGCUGCUGUUCUAAAAAAAAAAAAAUAUAAUCAGAAAUGGUAUUCUAUUGACAGCAACAAGAACUUUUCAGUGGGCUCCACUCUGUGUUCUGUUGAUGUUCGCAUGUACAUGAUGUAUAAAAGUAAAGAUUUAUCUGUAUAUUUAUAGUAGAUAGCAUAUAGAUAGAUAAUACACAUCUGAGCCCCAAAAGCAUCGCAGACUUUCUUAGUUAUUGGUCUUCCAUUUGCUGGCACUUUGAACAGUGUAAGAAGGAUUUCUAGAUAGGUCUUCCAAACUACUGCAGAUUUCCUGUAAUCUUCGUCAACUAUUCAGAACAAUGUACUAUACUGCUGCUAAAAUUUACUUUGGAAAUAAGUGAGAUUUAAAAACAUUAGCUUGUUACAAUGCAAAUACAGAAGGGGCUUUCUAAAUUUAUGUAAUUGUGUGAUAAAAUUAAGCUUUUCCAGACAUAUUACAUUUGAGUUUUUUAAACAUUUAUCCUUGUGCAUUAAAUAGCUAAUCAAAAAUAAAAUAUGUGAAGGAUUUUUGAUACCAGAAUAAGAUCUUCAUGCUAUGGAAAGUGCCCAAUAGGUUAUUGUGGUAAAUGGGUGAAUUUUACAGUCUCAUCAUUGCUUUAUUUGUAGCCUAAUUACUUGAAGCAAAGUAAAUUGUGCCCAUUUUAAUUGUAUUGGUUUGUGGACAGUAAUACAUUUGAGGUUACUGCUUACAAAUGAGUUUCAUAAGCUUUAACACGAAUUGGUUCCUGGAGAAUGAUUGGGUGCUCUCUGAUGUCACAUUAAAUAGCAUUCUAUCUUGAGUAAAUUAGAGCUUAGAGAGUAGAAGCUUCCACACGUAGAGUUGGGACACUGUGUAAGAUACACCCAUUAUAGAAUAUGCAUUUCAGAUGCACAGUUUUGUCUAGAUGCCUUGUCCUCUUACGUUACAAAUAAUGCUUGGUGUACAGUGAGAGUGACUAUAGUAAAGCUGCCUGAAGCUUCAGGGCACAAUCACUGUCUUUAUUCCAUAGUACUGAAAGAUAUUGGAAGUCUCUCCUCUGAGAUGCCCCAUGCCAUAUCUCCACCUUUGUGACCACUGUAGCAUUUCCUUCCCAGUCAUUCAGGGCUGCUGCUUAAACUUGCAAAAGCGUUCCCUAUAAAGCACAGCUCUUUCUCUGUAGCUGUGUGGAGCCCCUGCUGCGUUCCCAGCUCUCGCCAGUCAGGGGAGUGAGUGACCUAGCUUUUGAUACUGUGUUUAUGCUAAAUUGUAGAAUUUGCUUGGAUUGUUUAAUGUGUAUGAUUGUAUCAGAGUGCUCUGACAGAAGACCUAGAGUUUGUAAAAACUUGAAGUAGUUUUGGCAGCCCAGGCUAUGCAGUGUAGUUCCUUGGCCUGGUAUGUAUGCUGAGAUGUGAAGUGUAAUGGGCAUUCACCAGAAGAGCAUUGUUGUGAUCAGUGACACACUGACAGAAAUGGACAUGCCGUGAAGCUAUCUGGUGUAUAGCAAGAUCAAGUGUUCAGUUAGCAGGACAAAGUAUAGUUGAUCCCCCUGGCUUUAGAGACUGUGCUUGAUGGGCAUAUCUAUAACUCGUGCUGCUGUUUUGCUUAGUAGUAUUAGGAAAUUCCCACUCAUGCUAUGAGGUAAAUCUGAAUAUAACUUGAAUAGUGUGCAUGAAGUAAGACUCUAUUGUGCUUUAGUAUCUGCUGAGCCAUGUGCCAAGUAAUGGGAAAGUUUAGUUUCAGUUCAUACUUUCAUCUAUGUAUAGAAUACAACUGGCCUUAAUUUGUGGAGAAGGCAUCAGUAUUUUCUUAACACAGUUUAAAAUAAAUUAUCAUUUAUUUUAGGCUUUUAUUAUCUUUAUCCUAGCCAUGGCCAGAUGUGCAGAAAGACUUUUGGAAUGAGUAAAUAUGGAAAAGCACAUAAUACAUUUUAGCACACUUUUGGACAUGAUUUACCUAGGUUACCUGCUGGUUAAAAUUGUGGCUAAUGUUUCAUUACAAUCUGUACUUGUUUUUAAGGCUUCCUGUUUUCUGUUACUUUUGGUACAGUGCUUAUAUACUCAGGUAUUUCUGUACUCUGCUGAAUUUUAUGCUAUUUGACAUAUAGAAACUGUUAUCCUUUUCCUUAAGUUUGAGUGAAUCCAGUAGGUGGUAAAAGUCUUGCUUUGCUUUCACUCAUCUUGCAGUUGGAAUAUGCACAUCAGUUCAUUGAUACAGGGUAGAAUUUAGUUUCCUCACCUGCACAAUUGGGACCAAAUCUCAACCUCAUCGAAAUCGGCGGGAACUUUCCCAUUAACUUCACUGGACUCAGAUUAUGCUCUUAAUGAUUUAUAAUGUUCAUGGUAUGUUGGAAGAUAACUGUCGGUAUCUUUUUACUUGUAGGGAUUCAUUUUCACUUGCUUUACAUGUAGACAGGGCUGAUGUGAAAACAAACCCCCUCCAAGUGGUGUUGAUUUAUCAGUAAAUCCUCCAUAUAAAACGGAGCGUCUUUCUCUCAUUCUGAAUCAUGAUUUGUACCCACAGCAUGUUGUUUGAUGUAUAGCAAUUGUAUGUAAGCAUUGCUGCAAGGGAUACAUGAGAACUAGAAGAAGUGUAACAUUUGCUAUAAUGUUUUCAGUGUGUAGACAGCUGCUGGGAAGCACGGAAAUCCUGUUUUUUAACAAACGUGCAUGUGAAGUAUGCAUUUUAAUAAUCUCUGAAUGGCACAGAGAACAUAAAAGGACCACUUCAUGGAAUUCCAAAUGUACAAAUGCCUUGAGUCCAAGGCAUGAGUAUUUGUACAUCAGAAGGAUUAGAACUGAUGAUUAAGAUACUGAAAGCAUUUUAAAAGCCAAUUCUGAAAACAUCCACUAUCCAUCCACUUACAGAUAGGUAAAGAAUAUUUUCCCCAGUUUAAUACAAUGCCAUGGUUGAUGCUCCUUUGCACAGAGUUCUGCCUGACGCACACAAAUGUCUCAGUAUAGAUAUCUGUUUGUACAAAUGGACACUUUUAAAACAGUUAGCCAACUAUGUACAGAUACGAUGGGGGGAGGAGAUGAAUGUACUUUUUUAUUUGCAUUUUCCCCCUUUGCCAUUCUUUCUUUACCUUUCUGCGUACUGUAUUUCUUCUCUCUUUUCCCAUGGAAGGAGAUGGUAAGGAAGGAAAAUUUCCACUUGAUUUUUAUCUUAAGAUCAGAAUUUUUCCCAUGUUAUGAUAGUAAUUACUGGGGAAUCAAACCAUGUUUCCUCAAACUGGAUGGUUAUUCGGUUUGGAGUGAUAAAUGACUUUCUUUACCUAUCCCUAAGUACAUCUUUACUAGACAGUAGUUUUGAACCAGUCCAGUAGUAAAUUCUUGUGAUUUUUUUUUUUUUGGUUUUCCUAAAUGCAUAAUUGGAAAGAAUGUAUAACCAGUCCUACUUUGCAUUUAAUAAGUCUAUAGACUUUGUAUCAGAAACUUGAAUGUAGUUUUAUUGUAGUUUCAUUGUAAAUGAAGAAAAAUACAUUAUCUUUAUAGUUACUCUAUGUACAUUAUGUAAGAAUUGUAAAUACUAUACUUGAAUAAAGACUUUGUAUGCUGCAAAA